AGUCGGUAACUAUGGAAACUUUGUAAUUUUUAAAUUCACUUAAAUGGUGGCUAAAUUUUAAGGUCUUCCAGAUCAGGAAAAAAUGUUUACAUUAUCAAGCCAAAAUGGAUAGUUGUCAAAUUAUUUACCUACUUAGUUCCAUAGCCUACCUCACCCUCUACUACUCUGGCGGAUCCUGGAUACACCCUGAUGACUCCUUCGCCUGGUCAAGAUUCAUAUUCCUAACAGCAAUGCUCAUGCUUAUGGAGAAGUACGAGUUGGUGCCCCCGCCCCUGUCUUGCCCACCCUUAUAUACGUUGUAUAAGGUGGUAGCCGCUGUCAUUAUUGCCAACAUUGCCCUUAUCACUGUCUGGUGGCAAACUGAAGACUUCCUCAAGUGGUUCAUAAGCACUGCCAUUAAAUUAAUACAGUUUAUACCUGUGGUCGGGCCAAAGGUAGAGGAGGCUGAUGAAACAUUCUGGGCAUCUGUAGUUCAAAUUUUAAUUUCUUCCUACUUCUUGCUCUGGGUUUUCCUCUCUACAGGAAUAAUAUUUGGCAAACAAAGAAGUCUAUCCUCUAUUAAUCAAGUGUUGGAGCCCUCAAAAGCUAUCUACGGACCUGCACAGCCUCUGGGUACUACGGGUAGGUCAGGCAGAAUAGCUGAACUCAAUCUACCGGGCUCUAAUGACACGGCAUCUACUACAGUAUAUGACAAGUCUGUCACUCUGGCCACGUGA